GUAUACAAAUCAACGUGUGUACAACAAUCCAUACAUUCGUGGAAGGAUUUAAUAAAUUUGCUUGUUUUACAGUGACUAGUGUGAGCCAGAAAGUUUGACUCGAGUAAAUAGUUGCACAAAAGUAUAACCAAUUUUAGAAAAAUCGUGCGUGGUCUCUGAAAGCGCCAACUCCAAGUAUGACCAGAUAAAUGUUGACUGUCAUUGGAACCAGCACAUUCUGUAAAGUGGCCCAAUCUAGACUUGCCAAAUCACUUGCGAGUUUAUCCAUCAGCUCCAGUGUCAUGGCCAAGAGCAAGUUUGAAUAUGUUCGCAAUUUUGAAGCAGAUGACACCUGCCUCAGAAACUGCUACAUCGUGGUUAGACUCGACGGCCGCAACUUCCACAAGUACAUCUACCUUUCUCAGCAUAUUGUGAUGAUGUAUUCAAUGUUUAAUUAUAUAAAUCUUUCUUCUGACAGAUUUGCAGAGCAGCACAAAUUCAUAAAACCAAAUGAUAACAGAGCACUCGGCUUGUUGACUAGAAGUGCCGUCUCUGUGAUGGAAGAGCUUGAAGAUAUCGUCAUCGCUUAUGGCCAGAGUGAUGAGUUUAGUUUUGUUUUUAAAAGAACGACCAACUGGUUUAAAAGAAGAGCCAGUAAACUCAUGACCCACGUAGCCUCCCAGUUCUCGUCCUCGUAUGUGUUUUAUUGGAAAGAGUUCUUUGGGGACCAGCCGCUCUUGUAUCCUCCGGGCUUUGACGGGCGCGUGGUCCUGUAUCCCACUAACCGCAACCUCAGAGACUAUUUGAGCUGGAGACAGGCCGAUUGUCACAUAAAUAAUCUGUACAACACUGUGUUUUGGACGUUGGUGCAGAGAGGAGGACUGACGACAGCACAGGCCGAGGAGCGUUUAAAGGGAACACUGGCUGCAGACAAAAAUGAAAUCCUGUUUUCAGAAUUUGACAUAAACUACAACAACGAGUCUCUUCUUCAUAGAAAAGGAACCGCUCUGAUUUGGGAAAAGCACGAUGAAACUGUCACUAAACGCAUUAAGCUUCCAAACGAGGAGGAGAAAGACGUGAACGUGACGCGGAGCAGGAAGCGGGUCCAGGCUUAUCACUGUGACAUCAUCGGGGAGCCGUUUUGGGAGGAGCACCCGGGAAUUUUAGAAGACGACAGCUAAUGGCUUCUGUCGUGGCGCAAAGGACAAAAACAUAAUGCGGUUUAAGUGGAUCCACUCAGAGCAGACGUCACACUGUACAGCUGAGUGAAACGAAAUAACGACCAACAGAACUUUCCCACAAAGCCCGGACU